AGAUCAUCUUUAUAAACAUGUUGGGAAUCGUUCAAAUUAUUCCAUGCAUUUACAUUAUAAGAAGUAAAGUUCCAAAUAUAUCGACUUAUGCAAGAAAAGUAAAUUUGAGGUUUAGAAUUAAUAACAGGUUUUCAUAAUUCUUAACAUUCAACUACUUAUUACACUAUUUAUAAGGAUACUUUUCUUGCUACCUUAUGUAAAACGAUCUGUAGAAAGUUUUAUGAUACGAUCAAUUGUUUCCAGUGUAUUAGUCUUCAUUGCAGUUGUGACAGCAUUAUUGAUUGCAUUUGUGAAGGAAAUAAGUGAUACAUUCCCAUUGAAUGUUAUUACUUUGUUUAUUUAUACGAUAACCUUAGCUACAGCUAUUGAAAUAUUGGAUAUAUUGGUGGAUAUGGGUGCUAAACUUGAUGCUUUUGGAAUCAGUCUAACAUUAUUUACAUCGGCAUUACUUAUUGGUGCAGCUAUCAAAACAAGAUUAGCAGAUUAUUUAACGGCGAUUGUAAUACUGCUUAUAAUCACUGCCAUUUUAAUUGCUGUAGCAAGUUUUCUAAUCACAAUUUUUAAACAUCCGUCAGCAGCGAUCAUAUUCUACAUAAUUACAGAUAUAUUGCUAUUUGUUAUAACAAUAUUUAUCAGUCAAAUAACAGUUGGCAAAUUACAAUUACGUAUCUUUUUUACAGAAUAUACUUUAGCUGCAUUAUUAUUAUAUAAUAUGUUUUCAACUACAUAUUUAACCACUACUGGUAUGAUUUGUAACAUAACCAGUACUUGUAAUAGUUCAAAUGCAUCCAUUUAUCCAUUCAACAAUUUACCGGGUUAUAUAAUUUGAACUUGAAAACUUACAUAUUACAAAACAUAAUCGGUUUUCAUCUUUUUGUUUAUUUAUAUCAAACUUCAAAGCAUCUAACCACCUUAUGAGAUGUUUUCUUGUUGAAUAAAGUUACG